AUGGAGCGAUUCUUCAACGGAUUCGGCUCCUCCUCUCAGAAGCAGGCCACCAUCAAGGAGGCCACAACACCAAGGAAGGAGGAUGUGGCCAAAAUCAACGUCGAAGACGAUGAGGAUUUUACACGCAAGGGGAAGGACGUACUGCAGGCCUUCAUCGAUGUGGCCACGGAGGAGACCACCACGCGCCGCGGGUGGAAGCGAACCAAGGAGCACAAGGGCAUCGUCGUCUUCGAGAAGAGGCGGCCCGAUUCGGCCAUCAAUCUCUUGCGGUUCGAGACGCGGGUCCAGAUUGAUGCUGAAACGCUUGUCUCCUUCCUCAACGACGCCGAAUUCCUGCAGCGCGUCGCGCCAGCCGUCUUCACCGCCAAGACCAUCUUGCGCCAAUUCGACGACAACCACUCGAUCCUGCACUUCACCUUCCCAACUGUCGGACCCAUCGCCAACCGCGACCUGACCACCUUCGAAACCGACUACGUGGUGUGCACAGGGUUCGACUUCGUGACGGCGGCCCGCAGCAUUGAGGUGCCAUCCAGCCCGCCGGCUCCUGGCGUCGAACAUGAUGUGCUGAUGCAUCUGGCGGGCCACUUCUAUUCACAGGUGACGGGCUAUGGUGUCGUUCGCGAUGCAGAGACCAGUUGCAAGCUCGUGCACAUCGUGCACGUAAACCCCAAGGGUGCGCUCAUCCCGAUGCUGGUCAACAUGUUCCAGGUGAAGCCUCCGCUGGAGGCCGUGGUGGCCAUCUGCGCCUACUGCGCCGACUUUGCGCGCAAACGCACCGCCGCCGCCGCCCGACUGACCCAGCCCGACAAGGCCAAGGAAGCCGACUCAGACGCCGAGUCGGCUCUCAGCUUCGAAGACCCUGCACAACCCGCCAACAACGACGAAGGCGAUUCGUAUAGCCAUCUGCUCGAGCGACUCAUGGACAACCCGAGCGUACUCGACCAGCUCAUGAACCUCACACCCAUCAAGCGCCUCAUCAAGGACAGCGCGCUACUCAAAUCACUCAUGAACGGCGACAAAGGCGGCAAGUUGACGGAAAUGUUCGAAGACAAGGCGCAGCUCGAGGACCUGUGCGACAUGAUCAUCUCGGGCGAGAUAUCGAUGCAGGAGCUGACGGGCCUGCUCAACGAGAUGUUCGGCUACGAGAGCACCGACAAGACCGACCGGGCGAGCGAGGAGAAGGACCGCCUGAAGGUGAUCGAGGCCUCACUCCUGGGUGCAGGCCAGGACACCCUGCAGUUCCAGGUGCUGGACGAGCACGAGCUGAUCACACCGCUCGGCGCCGAGGGCCAAGGCGCCGACGCCGACGAGGUGUCGCUUCACGGCCGCUGGACCGCCUGCCCGCUCACCAUUCAGCAGCACAACGUCUUCCAGCGCAUCGCCGACACGGCCACGGCUAACAACUCGCAGCACGUACAGCAGUGGUGCUGCGACAUCAGGUGCGACGCGCACCAACAACAGCUGUCGGCCGCCGAUGUGCGCAGAAUGUGGCAGACGCUGCUCAAGUGCCACCCGGCCCUGCGCACGCUCCUGCUGCGAGUCAAGCCCGGCAUGCGCCGACGAGGUGGCAGCGGCUCCAACUCGUCGCCUUCUCUUUCAUCGCGCUCGCCAUCGUCGUCUUCGCUCGCAACGUCAUCUUCGAUCUUUCAAGUGCUGCCGGGCAGCAGUCUGCCCUUCGUCUUCCGCGAGGUCGACUGGUCGGCCAAGUCGCCCGAGGAGCAGGAGCGCGAGUGGGCCGACCUGGUCCGGGCCGACGCCCGGAGCGGCUUCGACCUGCGCAAGCUGGAGCACCUCGUGCGCGUGACGCUCGCUAUGACCGCCGUCGGCGAGAUGAAGCUGUUGUGGACCUUCCACGCGGCCCUGCUCGACCACCGCUCGUCGGCCGUCGUGCUGGCCCACUUCAUGCGGCUCGUCCGCACCACCCACUCCCAGGGCCAAGGCCAGGGCCACGUCGGCCUCGACUCACCGCUGGUGCUGGUCAACGCCGAGCCUGAGCCCGCCCAGCCGCCGGCCAAGGACCCGGCCAAGCGCGAGGAGGAGGAGAAGCGAUUCUGGCGCGAGACGCUGCGAGAGAUCCGGGCGCCGACGCCGCUCUUCAAGGCGAGCCCGACGACCGCAGGCGGGAGGGAAGCGCAGAGCGAACGCCACCAGGCGGUCCAGGUCCGUUUGGAGGCCGCCGCGGCGGCCGGCCUGCAGAAGCUGGCGCAGAGCCACCAGGUCUCGCUCGAGACCGUGCUGCUCGCUGCGUGGGCCUGUCUGCUGCAGCGAUGCAGCGGCGGCGAGAAGCGGGUCCUGUUCGGCUCCCUGCUGGCCCAGCCCACACAACACACACCCCGCGCCGGCGCCGACGCGUCGAGCGGUGAUGCGCCGCUGCUGGGGUGCGUCCACGCGGCUGUGCCGACGGUGGUGGACUUCAAAGAGGACAAGUACGCGGGCGACGACGGGGCGGGGCUCGGCGAAAACGGCGUGGGCGUGCGGCUUGACGCCUUUCUGCGACGACUGGACGCCACGGUGCGCGCGACCAGGGAGCGCGGACAGCAGGCUGGCGGCGCCGGCGCCACGCUGAGCAUCAGCGCCAUCCAGCAGCAGAGCGAGGUGGCCGCCGAGUACAGCCUCUUCGAGAGCCUCUUCGUGUGGGACGACUACACCCGCGGCCUGCUCGACGCCGCCACCGACGGUGCGGUGGCCGUGGCCGUCAGCUGCGACCACACGACCAAUUGGCAGUACCCGCUGGUCCUGGUGGUCAGACAUGGUGCCACGUCAUCAUCGCCGGCGCCGUACGACCUGACGCUGAGCUACGACGCCGGCCUGUGGCAGCCCAAGGACGCGCAGCGGCUGAGCGUCUAUCUGUCGACACUGCUCGCCGGUCUGUCGACAGCUGCGCCGGCCCAGACCGUGCACUCGUUGCCGCUGUUGCCCGAGGACGAGGUGCGGCAGCUGGUAGUGGCGCACAACGACAACGCGCGGCCCUACCCCACCGACGUGCGCAUCGAGCGGCUCUUUGAGGCGCAGGCCGCGCGCACGCCCGACCAGGUGGCCAUCACCUUCGACGAGCUCGGCCAGGCGCUCACCUACCGCGAGCUCGACCGACGAGCCAAUCAGGUCGCCCACCACCUGCUGUCACUGAACCUGGGCAAGGGCUCCCUGCUCGCCAUCUACAUGACUCGAUGCGUGGAUGUGGUGGUCGCCAUAUUCGGUGUCAUCAAAGCCGGUGCGGCCUACCUGCCGCUCGACCCCGAAACGCCGAAGGAGCGCGUGUGGCAAAUCGCCAAGGAUGCCAACGUGGCCAGCAUUGUCACGCAGCGAGCCAAGGCCGAUGUCCUCUUUGCCGGCCACGACGGGGAGUGUGCUGCGUUGUGCUUGGACGACCCCUCCGUGGUGAGCGCCAUCCAAAGCUCGCCGGACUCUGCGAUGCCGGCUGACGUCACCGCCGCGCUGGACGCCAACCAGCUCAUCUACGUCAUCUACACAAGCGGCUCGACCGGCAAGCCCAAGGGCGUGCGUAUCUGCCACAGGGGGCUGGUCAACCAGUUCCAGUACAUCCGAUCCCAGCCGGGCAUGCGCGAAGGCGACGUCAUCCUGGGCGUGAGUACGCUGUCGUUCGAUAUUGCGCAGUUGGAGCUCGUGCUGCCUCUCACCUGCGGCGCCAAGAUCGUGAUGGUGUCCUCGGCCAUCCAGCGGGACGGCUUCCGCCUGAAGACGCUGCUCGAAGAGAGGCUGGCUGCGCGCGAUCCCAUCACCAUCAUGCAGGCCACCCCGGCUUCGUGGCGCAUGCUGUGGUACGUGGCCACCCGCCCGCCCGCCUCGCGGUGUUCGUUGAUCGUCGACUACUGGCCGACUCACUUGACGGCCCAUAGUGCGGCGGGCUGGCAGGGCGAUGCGGAGCACCUGCGGAUCUGGUGCGGCGGCGAGGCCAUGACGUGCGACCUCGCGCGGCAGCUCCUGCCGCGUUGCUCCGCCCUGUGGAACAUGUACGGCCCCACGGAGACCACCGUGUGGGCCUCCGCCCUCCGCGUCACUCUCGAACACACCCAGGGCUCCUCCAUCCCCGUAGGCGGUAAGGAGCACAACAGCCAGUUCUUCCUCUUGGACGCCUACCGACAACUGGUGCCUGCGGGUGUGCUGGGCGAAUUGUACAUAGCCGGCGAUGGGGUGGGUUCGUACGUCGACCCCGAGAUGACGGAACGGUCAUUUGUAGAUAAUCCAUUCAAGCUCAAAUAUUUGCCGCACUCGAGCGACAAGAUGUUCCGAGUCGGCGACGUGCUGCGCUACAAGGACGGCGACGACAACACGCUCGAAUUUUUGGGGCGGGUCGACCACCAGGUCAAGAUCCGGGGCUAUAGGAUCGAGCUCGAGGAGAUCAUGAACUGCGUCUACCAGCACCGCAGCGUCAAGGAGUGCCUCGUGGUGGCCAGGGAGCCGGACUACGCCGGCGGCGAGAAGUACCUGGUGGCCUACAUCAUCAUGGAGAGCAGCGUCAUCGGCGAUGACGUCAGCAGCGCCGGUGGUGGUGACGUCAGCAGCAACCACCACGAGGCCAAGGCGCGGAUGGUGCAGGAGCUGCGGCUGCUGCUCGAGGAGCGCCUGCCGGCCUACAUGGUGCCCUCGCACUUCAUGGUCCUCGACAAGUGGCCCCUCUCGCCCAACGGCAAGGUCGACCGCACCGCCCUCCCCUCCCCCACGCGCGGCGGGCAACACGAGGUGGGGUUCAACUAUGCGGCGCCCAACACGGCGGCCGAGCGCACGCUGGUGGAGGUGUUCGAGUCGAUUCUCCACGUGUCGCCGGUCGGGGUGGACGACGACUUCUUCGCCCUGGGCGGCAACUCGCUCCUGGGCGUGUCCCUCAUCGGCGCGCUCGAGGGCAAGUUCGGCGUACGGUUCCCGUUCUCGGUCAUCUUCUCGGCCUCGACGGUGCGCCACCUCGCCGUGUGCAUCGGCGAGGCCCACGCCACGUCAGCAGCCACCUUACUCUCGUGCGGCGGCGGCCGAUCGGCCAAGACCACCGAGGAGGAUGAGCGCCGCGGCCGCGACAGCUACGACGACCUCAGCGUCAUCGUCAAGGGGUCCAACGCCGGUGUCGGUACCCAGCAGGACCAGCAGCCCGGGCUCGCGCCACCGGCGGCGGCGGUGAGCAGCGCGGCGCCGACGGCGGUGCUGGCGGAGAAGAUGAGCGCGGCCAAGCGGCUGAUCUCGUCGUUCGCGUCGCCGCUGGUGCCCCUCCAGACCCGCGGCCCCGGCCUGCCCCUGUUCGUCAUCCACCCGGCCUUCAAGUCAUCCGUCUGCUACGGCGCCCUGGCCUACCACCUCGGCGCGGACCAACCGGUGUACGGACUGGAGCCGAGGAUCGAGUACCGGUCGAUCGAGGCCAUGGCCGCCGACUACGUGGCCGCCAUCCGCCCGGUCCAGAAGAGCGGACUCUACAACGCGUCGGGCGACGAGGUCAACCUGCUGCUGCUCGACGGCCGCGCGCCGGUCUACGACCCGACCUACCUGCGCUACGACGCCGACGCCCUCGCGUUCUGCGUGCUGUGCCGCGGGGCCAAGCAGUACCUCGGCUUCGGCGUCGACGUGUCCUACACCGAGACCGCGCCGCUCUCGCCCGACGAGCGGCUGCUCAACGUCAUGGGCAAGGUCAUCGACAAGAACGGGCUCGACCUCGUCCCGCCCUCCGUCGCCAUCAACUUCUUCUUCCGCUUCCAGCGCGACAUCCGCGACAGCGAGGUCCUGUCGCGCAACUACGGCCGGCCGGCCGCGCCCCUGCGCGGGCGCGUCACCCUCUUCCGCACCACCGGCGACAACGACAUCCAGGGCGUCGACGACCCGCUCCUCCACUCUCGGACGCUGGGGUGGGACCAAUUUUGUGAGGAGGUGGCGGUGGUGGACGUGGGCGGCGACCACGAGUCGAUGGUGUUCCAGCCGACGGUACUCGAGGUGGCCCGCAAGCUGCGCCCGUGCCUGGCCGGCAAGAGCCCGUGA